AUCGAUAAUUACGAAUCAGCCCACGUCGUCGUGAGGAUUGAGGCGCAGCUCUCCGAUUCCGUGGGUUGAACUCGAGAAAUUAGGGCCACGCAACCCGGAGGCGCAGCUCAUCCCUCUUCCCCAUUUUUGCCUCUUGGCUAGAAGGCAGGAGGAGAAGAUUGGAGAUGGAUACUAGCAGGCGUCAAACUGGAAUUCAGCAAUUAUUGGCUGCAGAGCAGGAAGCACAGCACAUUGUCAAUGAGGCCAGAAAUGGUAAAACUGCAAGGCUGAAGCAAGCUAAAGAAGAAGCAGAGAAAGAGAUUGCUGGAUAUCGCGCCCAAAUGGAAGCCGAGUUCCAGAGGAAGCUUGCUCAGAGCAGUGGAGAUUCUGGAGCCAAUGUUAAGCGCCUGGAACAAGAAACUGAAGAGAAGAUCCACCACCUAAGUUCACAGUCUGCAGAUAUUUCGGAUGAUGUGGUUCAAAUGCUUUUGAAGCAUGUCACAACCGUGAAGAACUAGUCAUCGUGAGAUCGACUGGGUUGAAGUCUUUUUGAACAAGUUGUCGAAUUUAUUGAGCUAGAAUGCUUGUUUGUACACUCCAUGUUGCGUUCCUUGUUUCGUUGAAUAAGCAAACGGAUGAGGUUUUUUUGUGGUGUUUUGGGCUCCUCUUACCAAUACGAAGCAUUGAACUUUGUCAAGAUUAUCGUCAUAUGAAUAAAUUCCAAACUCAAUUGUUAUUUAA